AUGAUGCGGCGCGCCAGUGCCGCAGCGGUUCUCUUCGGGGAGCUUUCGGUGCAUUCGCACGCCAUCGCCACAAAGAUCUCAGAUGUCUCCCUCUCGUCGCAGCUCGGGGAGAUCGAGUCGGCGUGGCCGUGGUCCAGGCACCACGAGAAGAAGGCGGAGCCGGCAGGCGCCGGGGCGGAGGCCGAGGCGGUGGCCGUCCCCGAGCUGGGCAACCCGUCGCAGCCAGGGUGCUACAUGAGGGCACCCUCGGGGUGCCCCAAGAACCCCAUGAAGACCGACCUGUGGAGGCACGAUGCCUGGGCUGAGUACCACGGCCUCGACGAGGAGGGCUGCAAGGGGCGUAAGCAGGUGUGGGACAAGUAUUGCGAGAUCAGUGAUUCCAAGGUUGUGUUCAUCGGGAACGCGACCACGGCUGAGUAG